UUAUCUGUGAAUUUUACCACUUCAAUUCUCUUCUCUUCUCCCUCUCUCCUCACUUCUUGUUCUUCUUCUUGUUAUAUUGCUUCACUCUCAUCCUUGCUGCAGUCCUCACCAUGUUCCGCAGCAGCGUCACCCGCGCUGUCCGCGCUGCCCACCCCUCCAGCGCCCCUCUCCGCACGCUCGCCACCGCCGCCUCUCCCUCCUCCACGAACCCCCCCGUCACCCCGACGACACGCAACCACAAAGUCCUGGUUGUCGGCGGCGGCAGCGCCGGACUCAGCGUCAGCCACCAAUUGCUGCACAAAGGCCCAUACACGCAAGACGAUAUCGCGAUCAUCGAGCCAUCGGAAUGGCACCACUUCCAACCGGGCUGGACGCUGGUCGGCGGCGGGGUGAAGACGAAGGAGGAGCUGCGACGGCCGACGCCGACGCUGGUGGACGGGAAACUGAAGCUGUACGGACAGGCGGUGGAGAGCUUCACGCCGGAGCAGAACACGGUGACGCUGGCCAACGGCGACCGGCUCGGGUACGAGCAGCUGAUCGUGGUGCCGGGCAUUCACGUGAACUUCGGGAAUAGCAUCCGCGGGUUGGCGGAGGCGCUGGCGGAUCCCAACCGCCUGGUCGCCUCGACCUACGGCUACGACCACGUCGACAAGGUGUACCGCUCGCUGCAGACGCUGAAGCGCGGAAAGGCGCUGUUCACGCAGCCCGCCGGUGUGCUCAAGUGCGCCGGUGCCCCGCAAAAAAUCAUGUGGCUCGCCCUCGACCACUGGAAGCAGGCUGGUCUGUAUAACCCCGCUGAUCCGGCUAAGUCGGCGAUCCAAAUCGCUUUUGCUACGGGUCUGCCUGCGAUGUUCGGCGUGCCCAAGUACAGCGCUUCGCUGGAGGCGCUGCGCCAGGAGCGCGGCGUCGAGCCGCUGUUCCAGCACGACCUGGUGGCCGUGGAGGGCAACACGGCGACGUUCGCCAAGGUGGACGGGUCCGGCGCGCAGGUGCAGCGCGAGUUCGACAUGCUGCACGUCGUGCCGAAGAUGGGGCCGCACGCGUUCGUCAAGAACUCGCCGCUGGCCGAUGCCGCCGGCUUCGUCGACGUCGACCCCGCCACCACCCAGCACAAGAAGUUCAAGAACGUCUGGUCCCUCGGCGACGCCUCCAGCUUGCCCACCUCCAAGACCGCCGCCGCCAUCACCGCCCAGGCCCCCAUCAUGGUCCGCAACCUCCUCCGCGUCGCCGACGGUCAGGCCCCGGACGCCGAAUACGACGGCUACACCUCCUGCCCGCUCACCACCGAGUACGGCAAGGUCCUCCUCGCUGAGUUCAAGUACGCCGGCGUCCCCAAGGAGACCUUCGGCGGCCUGCUCGGCAUCGACCAGGCUACCCCGCGCCGCGCCUUCUGGCACAUGAAGAAGAGCUUCUUCCCCUGGGUCUACUACAACAACAUGGUCAAGGGCACCUGGGCCGGUCCCAAGGGCUGGUUGAGCUAAGUGCGAGUGCGCAGUGAUGUAUGAUUAGUGUUGAUUAAAAGCGUGUUAGGGAGACUGUACAUUUUGCGUUCUUUUCUGUUACCGUCGGUCUUGUUAAUAGAGUUCGCGUUGCUUCAUUAAGAUACAAUUAGAGGUGUACUUUGUGCAGU